GCCUGAAGCCGCCUAGCCAACCUUUUGGGCCAGCUCUGCUUCCAACUGUGGGAAGAUUCGGUUGUCAAUUGUAUUAAGUUGGAAGCUUUGAGCCUUUAACCUUUUUUAUGCUCUUUCGUUGCACUUCUUGACAUGAGUUCAUCGGGCAUUUCUCUUUCUUCUCAUUAAAUUUAGGAAGUGCUUUCUCAAAGCUGUGGUUAAUGAUUCUCAAAAUUGGAAAAGCAAUGGGUAAUUUCUAGAUGGGGCCACAUGUUCAUCACUGCAGGAUCUUCUGGAUAUUUGCAUGAUAAGGGACUAUAUAUUCUUGAAGAUGGAUUCUGUUGGGAAAACCAUUCAUGGAGCCAAAUACGAGUGCUUGCUCUUUGAUAUGGAUGAUACUCUGUACCCCAUGAGCACAGGUCUCAACUUGGCUUGCCGCAAGAACAUCGAAGGGUUCAUGUUACAACAUUUGCAUAUGGAAGAAGCUGACGUACCAAGGUUGUGCUUGGAAUUGUACAAGGAAUACGGGACAACAAUGGCCGGCCUGAAGGCUCUUGGUUAUGAAUUUGACAACGAUGAGUUUCAUGCUUAUGUCCAUGGAAGACUACCCUACGAGGUUCUUAAGCCCGAUCCAGCUUUAAGGAACCUUCUACUUUCUCUGCCACAAAAGCGUAAAAUUAUCUUCACUAAUGCUGAUAAAGCACAUACAGCUCAAGUUCUCAGCAGGUUGGGUUUGGAAGAUUGUUUUGAAGGCAUCAUUUGCUUUGAAACGCUUAACCCUCCCCUUGAACCAGUUGCUGAUUGCAAUAAUGUACUAGAUCAUGGUGAUGCAGCCCUCACCGGAGGAGCCUCUGAGGCCAAUGCCACUGGUUUAAGUUUAACUGAUGGUAGAAGUUUCAGCUCCAAGUCCCGAGUCCUCUGCAAACCAUCUGUGGAAGCCAUUGAAGCUGCCAUUCGAACAGCAAACAUUGACCCGAAUAAAACAAUUUUCUUUGAUGACAGUGUUCGAAAUAUUGCUAGUGGGAAAGCAGCCGGACUCCAUACUGUUAUCGUGGGGAGCUCAACACUGGUGCCCGGUGCAGACCAUGCCUUGAGAAGUAUCCACAAUAUCAAAGAAGCACUACCUGAAAUAUGGGAAGGAGGAGGACAGAUUGUGCAGGUUAUUCAGCCCAGUGCUGUUGCAACCGUUAUCCUUGCAUAGUUUCCCCUUAGCCACACAAUUAUGUAAACUUCCCAUACAACAUUGUAAGUAAAGUGACUGCAGAAUUCCCUAUGUUAAAAGCUUCUUACAAUCUCACCAAAAGGGUAAAGGAUACAAAGAUCAUAUUCUCCAAA